ACUAUCCUAACCAAAUAGAGGGGCUGCGCUCAAGAUAAUAAAUAUUAGAAUAAAAGAAGCGCUUUUAUUUCCCAUAUGACAAAAUGUCGGUGGCAUUUUCAUCGGCGCGCCCCAGGAGUAAAGGGGAGGUGACACAGCAAACGAUUCAAAAGAUGCUGGAUGAAAAUCAUCAUUUAAUACAGUGUAUAAUGGAUUACCAAAGCAAAGGCAAGACGGCUGAAUGCACACAGUAUCAGCAGAUCCUGCACAGAAAUCUUGUUUACUUGGCCACAAUAGCAGAUUCGAAUCAGAACAUGCAGUCACUACUACCUGCACCUCCCACGCCCAACAUGUCCAUGGGUCCCGGAGGGAUGGGCCAAAGUGGGGGACACACUCCAAGCAACCUCAAUGACAACAUGGCACCAGGAUUGCCCCCCACAUCAAUGAUGCAGAGCCAGAUGAGCAAUGGCCCCAACCAUGCCCCCAUGCAGCAGCAGUCUGGUCAGGUGCAGUCGGCUAUUCCCUCCGCUUCCCUCAGCCUGCCAGCCAGCAGCUACGGUAGCUCGGCCUCAGCUUCCGGCUACAGCCACGCUGCGCCCUCCUCCCAGGGCAGCAUGAUCCAGGGCCCUGGGCCUGGCUAUGGCUCAUCCUCCUCUUCCUCCUCCACAUCCUCAUCCUCCUCUUCCUCCUCCCGCAGCAACCUCAACAUGCAGUCUAACCAAGUCUCUAUGAUGCACCAACAGUCUGCCACCCCACACUACUCCUCAGCCCAGACUGGUGGGCAGCACUAUCAGGGACAGCAGGCCAUGGGCAUGAUGGGUCAGGGCAGUCAAGGAAACAGUAUGAUGUCUCAGAGACCCAUGGGAUCCUACCGCUCCUCACAGCAAGGAUCUGCACAGCAGUACAUGGGACAAGACGAGUUCUACGGAGAGCAGUAUGGACACACUCAGAGCUCCAGCGAGCCCAUAAACCAGAAGUAUUACCCUGAUGGUCAUGGGGAGUAUUCAUAUCAACAGUCCUCAUAUGGUGAGCAAGGCUACGACAGGUCCUUUGAUGAAUCUUCACAGCACUACUAUGAAGGAGGUAACUCUCAGUACAGUCAACAACAGGCACCUUAUCAGCAGGGCUCUGGCCAGCAGCAGCCUUUCAGCCAGCAGCAGUACUCCUCUCAACAAGGCUACAGUGGACAGCCACAGGGAUACGGUCCUGGCCAGGGUGGAUCCUCCCAGUAUUCUCAGUAUCAGCAGGGUCAAAGCCAACAGUAUGGGUCCUACCGCUCCUCACAAGGAGGCCCUGCAGCACAAACGCAGAGGCCCUAUGCCUAUGAACAGGGUCAGUAUGGAAAUUAUCAGCAAUAAGGUACCAAGUCGUUUUCCUGUUGGAAGAAAAUGAAAAAGGAACACUUCAACAGUGACACGCUGGCUCAGCUGUGGAGUAGAAGAUCUGGCUGCAUCAGAUUUAUGAUCCUCUUAUUAAUCACCAUUCUAGCUACAGUAAGAAUAAAUAUCUACAAAAUGCUUUCCUCAUAUGUUUUGCAAGCUACUGGGGGUGAAGUGCUACUGGCCAUUUUAACAAAAGUCAAGGUGCUUGUAGACUCAAGACAGGUAAUGUAAUUACCUGUCUUGAGUCCAUUUGGAUUAAGUAGGGUACUAAAAAAGGAGCAGUAAAGUUAUGCUUCUCUUUCUUUUUUGUCUUCGCCUUUCGCUCGUCUUUAUCCUAUCCCUCGAGUUUAAUGUUUAUUUUAGUUUACAAGCCUCUUUUUUUUAUUCUCGGUGCACAAAGCAGAUCAGUGGGUUGUGAGACUUUGGCUAUAAAAAGCAAAUUAGCCUUGAAGGAAAUGUUCCUUGAUAUUUAUUUAAAAGACUCGGUCCAGCUCUUGCUUUCAUUCCUAGCUGAGACUGUUAUAUCUCACGAUAAGGGAGAUUCAUUUUAUGAAGGUGAAAACGUUGGUCCUUAAACCUGACUUAAUCAGGGGGUUUGUCUGUGUUAGUCAAACUGUGAUGUGUUGCUGUGUGGUCUAAGAUUAUGUGUUUUCACUCUCUACAUAUGUCUUACUGAGGUAUAUUGGCACAAUAGAUAGCUGACUGAUCCAGACUUAAAAGUGUGUACCAUUGUCCAUGAUAAUCAUACAUCGUGGUAGUAUUUUUGACGCUAUGUUUUCAGUGGCAUCGAUGUGCACAGACAUAUCGUGUAUUGUGCUGAGAGUUAAGACACAGAGUUAAGAAGGGUCACACAACUCUGAUGCCAUUCAGUAACGAUUUUACAUAAAAAAAAAAAAAACAUAUCGCCACUUUGUCGGCACUUUAUUUUGCAGUGACAGUGUAUGUAUUGUUUGAUAUUUUGUAUUGUAGUGAAAUUUAGGCUGUUUUUAACAAAUGAUCCUCAAAAAGCCAAAGUAACACAGGGACAGAACAGUAACGGGUCCUGCACCUCAACUUCAAUAAGUGCAAUACACUCAGUCAGUCAUGUUGAGGUUGGUUCUGAUAUCAUCACUAUGAUAUAUCAUUAAUUUUAGCUUCUUGACAUACAAUGAUGGCAAAGACUAGGGCUGGUUUGUCUAAUCUUAUUAAAUGUUACGUUGCAGGUUUCAACUGACAUGUCAUAUUUAAGAAAAUUAUUUUCUGUAUUUAUGUGACUCAUGGAUAGACUUAUGUGAAGUACUUCAUCACAAACAUAAAAGCUUUUUUUCAGUGAAAACUUGUACCAUCAUCUUUUGUAUUAGAUGAAGAAAAUAAUGUUAGAAAUAAGUCAAGAUUUAGAUAAGUGUACGUUGUACAAGCACACUUGCCUUAUUUUACAUAUUUAUUUAUGUUAUUUCAUUAUCUAUCUAUCUAUCUAUCUAUCUAUCUAUCUAUCUAUCUAUCUAUCUAUCUAUCUGUGAUUACAAAAUGGGCAUAUAUUAUGUUGUUUACCUAUUGAUUUAUUUAUUUAAAAGAAGUCAGACAACACCUCUGGUAAUUUCACUAAUCACUGUUUCUUACAGUUUGAGCAGUAAUAAGGAUUAUUAGCGUGACUGUGAGGGUCCAGCUUUUCAGUGUGUUCUGUAGUAACUCAGCUUAUCUCAGAAGGGUUAAAUAACACAAUAGUUGAAGUCAUUUUGCAGGGUUAAUCAGGAAUGGGAGAUACCUGGCUGUCAAACAGCUAAAUAACUAUGUACCACUCAACAGUGACAAUCACAGGAUUCUCUAUACUACAUUGAAUUUGUAUCAGUGUUUCAUUUUACUGUGAACUAAACAUGUAUGGCACGUCUUUUCCAGUUCUAUGUGGUGUGUCACUGAUGUGGGUGGUACACUGUGUAUGUGUGUGUGUGUGUGUGUGUGUGUGUGUGUGUGUGUGUGUGUUUGAUUGUAUGUAUGUAAGAUAAAGAGAGAGAGAGAGAGAGAGAGAGAGAGAGAGAGAGAGAGAGAUUUGGUGUGCAUAAUCCAAAUAUGAAUGUUAUCUACUUAUCUAUUGUAAGACUGCAUUGCUUGAUCCUUUCUGCUGUCUUUUGUUACUGUUUGUUAUAUAAAAAUAAACUGACAUUCACCUUU